AUGAACUUUCAUUUUUAUAAAUUGAGUUCGUCACUCUGUCUUAAAUCCAUCAAUAAUAGAAUAUCAAUAUGGCCAGUAACAUUACAACAUCGUUUCCCUAUAUUAAGAUAUACCACUAGUAAUAAUAGUAAUAAUAUAGAUAUAUGCAAACGUAAUGUGAUUUUAGAAUUGGAAAAACGUAGAAUGGUCAAUGAAUUUACGAGUCCUGAUAUUAUUAAUCUCGUAAAAAAACCAACAACAAUAUAUUGCGGUGUAGAUCCUACCGCUCCUAGUUUACAUCUAGGAAACUUAUUAACGUUGAUGGGAUUAUUGCAUUUCAAUAUUUUUGGUCAUAGUACAAUUGCUUUGAUCGGUGGUGCAACAGGAUUAAUAGGUGAUCCAUCGGGACGUAAUACAGAACGUCAACCUAUGUCAGUAACUAAUAUAGAACAUAAUGUGACCGCUCUCAAUCUACAAUUGCGUCAUAUAUUUAAUAAUGGAAUUAUGUACGCAUCAAGACGUGGUUUCGUAUUAGAUAAUCAACUCGAUAAUUUUUUGAUUAUGAAUAAUUUAGAAUGGUUUCAUAAAAUGACAGCCCUUGAGAUGUUAAAUAAUAUAGGAAGAUAUUUAAGAGUUGGGCAAAUGUUGAUGAAAGAUAGUGUCAAAUUAAGGAUGGAAAAUGAAGGUGGAAUAAGUUUCUCAGAGUUUUCUUAUCAAUUACUUCAAGCUUAUGAUUUUUGGUAUUUGUAUAAUAAUCAUCAAUGUCGAAUUCAGUUAGGAGGUAGUGAUCAAUGGGGAAAUAUCACUGCAGGCAUUGAUUUGAUAAAUAAGAAGAAGAAUCGCGAUUUGACUAAUGUUGAAGAUAAUUUGGGCGAUGCAUUUGGUAUUACCAUUCCUUUACUGUUGACUUCAACAGGAGAAAAGUUUGGAAAAUCAACUGGAAACGCGAUUUGGUUAAAUGAAAAUAUGACUAGUGUUUAUGAAUUCUAUCAGUAUUUUAUGAAAGUUGCCGAUACAGAUGUAGAAAAAUAUCUUCGAAUAUUUACAUUAUUAAGUUUUGAAGAAAUAACACAGAUCAUAAAAACCCAUAUGGAGUCACCAGAAAAACACUAUGCACAAGAAAUGUUGGCAUCUGAGACUACAGAACUCGUACAUGGGUUACAAGGUCUCCAGAGAGCACAACUUGCUACUAACGUUUUAUUUGGCGCUCCAAUCAAAAAUAUGUCUGGCCGAGACAUAAUUGAUGCAUUUGCAAAUGACUCAAAACGUUUAAUUACAAUAAAGCGUAAUGAUAUCCUAAAUUGUUCAAUUGAUCGCGUAGCUGUUGUUGCCGGUGCAUGUAAAUCGCGUAGUGAAGCUAACAAAUUGAUUAAAUCUGGAGGGUUAUAUUUAAAUAGCGAACAAAUUCGAGCUUUGGCAAAAUUCUUUAUUGGUUUCAUAUUAGUACACGAUGAAUUUUUAACUCUAAGAAUAUGA